GAUGAGUUAAGAAAUCUUCAAAAGUGAUGAUUAGAAAGUACAAUUCUUAAAUUAGGGUCUUUAGGGUAUGAGAUUAGUAACUUCAGAAACUAAAUAAAUAGUCACCUAAGUAAUUGAUACCUAUUUAUAUUUAGCAACCAGUUAUUGAAAUUUCAUAACAAAAAACACUAAUAUAAACCUAAAGUGAAGCUCCAUUGAAACAAACUUAACAAUUGCCACCUCCAAGAAUUUAAAGUCAAAAUGUUUUAAGAUAAAAUAUGUAAAUACCUUAGGUGUCAUAUCCUGGCACCUAUAGUGUACAACAAAAUUGUUAAUAAGCUCCACCUUUGUGUAUGAACAUAGUAGUUGUAUCUAAAGAAGAAAUAGAAACUCCUUGGAGAUUAGAAUGUGAAUAUCUUUAAUCAAUUAUUGCUGAUUUGGAAAGAAGGAAGGAAGGGAAAGUAGUUGAGAAAGUAGUAGUAGAGAAAGUUACUGAUAACACUCGUGUAGAGUAAUUAGAAUCAUAAUUACGUACUUUAAGAUAAGAAAAUGAAUAUCUUAAAAAUUAAAUGAUGCAAAUGAAAAAUAAUUAUGAAUCUUAGAUUGAGAGUUUACGAGGAGAUAUUUCCUUACAUAGUGCUAAUGCUGCUGAUGCAAGUUCUAUGUAGGCAGAAUUCUUUGCUAUGAGAACUCAAUUAGAAGAUUAGAUAGCUGGACUAAGAAGACAAUUAGCUGAUCUAGAACUUCUUUAUUCUUAAUCUUAAAGUGAUAAUGAUAGAUUAAAACAAUCAAAUUAAAAUAAAGAUACAGAAAUUCAAUAAUUAAGAUUAUAAUUAUCUUAAUUAUAGACCAGUGCUUAGGAUACAAGUUAAUUGAGAGAUUUAGAAAACUAAUUGAGAUUAGCAAGAGAUGAGAUUUCCAGAUUAGAAAGAUCACUUUAAUAAGCUAAUCAAGAUAUAUUGAAUUGGAAAACCAAAUAUACAACAAUAGAAUAAGAAUCUUAUAGUAAAAAUAAUGAACUCAUUAUGUAAUUAAGAGAUUUAGAAGUAAUACAUCAUAUAUAUAGUUAUUAUUAGAAUAAAUUAGCAAUGGUUACUGUUGAAUUGGAUAGAUUAUAAAUACAAUUAUAAAAUAAAGAUUCUGAAUUAGAAGAUUGGAAAUAUAGAUACACAUCAUUAGAAUCAUAAGGAACAACUGUGAUUUAAGAGAAGGUGACAUAUUUAUCAUAGGAAGUUGAAGUUUGGAAAUCAAAGUUCAUUAAAACUAAUCAUGAAUAUAAUAAAUGCUAAGAAGAAUUAACUAUGUGUUAAGCUGAAUUGGAAUCACUCAAAAAGAGUGCAUAGAAGAAAGUAAUAAAUUAAUAUAUAUAUAUAUUCUAGGAAGUUGUUGUAACCUCAAGAACAGUCACUUCAAGAACAGGUAAUACUCUAUCUGUUACAGGAACAACUGGAUCUUAAUCCUAAAUAAAAAGAACCGGUUAGUAAGAGUGAC